AUGCUAGCAGCACACGUUAGAUAUGAGAUCGCUCGCAGCAUGGCUGCUUUGAAGUUGAUCGAAAAUUCUGGCCCUCCCGUACAAAUAGAGGAGAGAGUUGCCGAAUUGGUGGCGCAUGUUCGUUCCUCAGCCUUUCAAUCCAUGACGGACAUCAUCAGUCAUCUGGCACUUGAUUUACCUGCUUUCACAGAGUCAGAUGGACGAGUCAAGGAACUCAUGCGACUUGCCUCCUCCCUUGUGUCAAUGACACAGGUUCGAACAUCCGAGAUCUCAAAGCCAGCGGACAUUUCGCUUCCCUUCUGGGAGACUGAUGCGUCAUUGAACCACACUUUGGCAACUGGCUUUUCAGUCAGUCAAAAUGACGCAAAUUGUACGGGUGUGAUACCUCCACAAUUGACAAUCAGCCAUCUUGUGAUGCAUCACGGAUACAGCGUCAACUGGACAAGCUGCCUACAUCAGCACCUCAAUGUCAGUCCCGAACACAGAGUGAUCUCAAUCUUCCAACACAAGAUCUGGUUAUCUGCCCAUUCAGGUAGUGAAAGCCAAUGUUUUCUACCUGCAACGGUCAUAGACGAGGCACUAGACACGUUGAAUCUGCUAUUUCCACUCCACGACGCUGGUACCAAAUCCUUCCUCGACAAGCAGAGGCAGACAUUCAACAAUUUGAUCCUUUGCAGGAGGACCCUAAAGUCGAAUCUGAGUGACUACGAACACUGGGGAAAGCAGAUUCAACAACUCGUUGAUAUCCUGGAUGGACCACCUGUGGGCUUUCGACAAUUUCUUCCCCGUCGAGAUCGACCGAAUCUCAUUGAAUCAGCCAACUUCUGGAUCGCUUGUUUUGUGGCCGUCCUGGCGGUUAUCAGCUUCGUGUUUGGUCUCAUCGCCGUUGUCUAUGCAAAGCAGUCAGUCGAGAUUGCAAACGAGUCGUUGGAGCUAACAAAGCUCCAAUACCUGCUCUCGAUCGCUCAAGCAUGUUCUGAUCCCAACGAGGCUCGAUUACUUCCUACAUUCUGCCACCAACACACCUAA